AUGGGAGAGAAUGGGAGAAGCCCUUCAAACUUGUGCCAUCCCAAUGGUAGCAAGUAUGAGUGCAGAUGUGAAGAUCAGUAUGCUUGGUCCUACGAAGACUGUAUGACAUAUGGAGCCUGUGAUGAAUUCAGUGUUCCUUUACCUGUUCAUGAUUACCUGAUUUUUAUCGAGCUCAACACAACUGACUCGACUCAGCUGAGAAACACUCUCAAAGAUGUAACCUUCCCUGUCCAAAUCACCCCUGACGUAAACAUCUCAGAUACUGAUAUCACUACAGUUUGCAGCCCAGAUGGUUCUGGCUUCCACUGCAGCUGUGAGAACGGCUUCAUCUGGCCAAGUGAAAAGUGCACCACCUAUGGGACAUGUGGUGGUGCUACAAACAAGUCAUGUGGGUGCAUUAAAGGCAUUCCCAAUGAUGGGGAGUACUGUCAGCGAGUGCAGCAAACUUGCGAAUACCUGCUUUCUGUUGAGCUGAACACCACAGAUAUGACAGUCAUCAAUGAACUGAGGAGCAUUCUGACAAACAUCAGUGUUCCCAUCAGCAUCAGCAACAACAUCCAGAUCUCUGAUGUCAACAUCUCUACAGUCUGCUCUCCCAGCAGUGGUGGUUUCCAGUGCAGAUGUGAGGAUCAGUAUCGCUGGUCAUGUGAUCGCUGUCUGACAUACGGAUCAUGUGACGACAUCAUGAAUGACACAUGUGGAUGCAUCAAUGCCAUUCCUCCUGAUGGACAGUACUGCCAGUCUGUGUAUCAACAAAACUUCACAGCUUGUCCUGCUACAACACCCUCUCCAAAAACGACAUUACCUCCAGUUCUCCAUAAAUACCUGCUUUCUGUUGAGCUGAACACCACAGAUAUGACAGUAAUAAAUAAACUGAGGAGCAUUCUGACAUACAUCAGUGUUCCCAUCAGCAUCAGCAACAACAUCCAGAUCUCUGAUGUCAACAUCUCUACAGUCUGCUCUCCCAGCAGUGGUGGUUUCCAGUGCAGAUGUGAGGAUCAGUAUCGCUGGUCAUGUGAUCGCUGUCUGACAUACGGAUCAUGUGACGACAUCAUGAAUGACACAUGUGGAUGCAUCAAUGCCAUUCCUCCUGAUGGACAGUACUGCCAGUCUGUGUAUCAACAAAACUUCACAGCUUGUCCUGCUACAACACCCUCUCCAACAACGACAUUACCUCCAGUUCUCCAUAAAUACCUGCUUUCUGUUGAGCUGAACACCACAGAUAUGACAGUAAUAAAUAAACUGAGGAGCAUUCUGACAUACAUCAGUGUUCCCAUCAGCAUCAGCAACAACAUCCAGAUCUCUGAUGUCAACAUCUCUACAGUCUGCUCUCCCAGCAGUGGUGGUUUCCAGUGCAGAUGUGAGGAUCAGUAUCGCUGGUCAUGUGAUCGCUGUCUGACAUACGGAUCAUGUGACGACAUCAUGAAUGACACAUGUGGAUGCAUCAAUGCCAUUCCUCCUGAUGGACAGUACUGCCAGUCUGUGUAUCAACAAAACUUCACAGCUUGUCCUGCUACAACACCCUCUCCAACAACGACAUUACCUCCAGUUCUCCAUAAAUACCUGCUUUCUGUUGAGCUGAACACCACAGAUAUGACAGUAAUAAAUAAACUGAGGAGCAUUCUGACAAACAUCAGUGCUCCCAUCAGCAUCAGCAACAACAUCCAGAUCUCUGAUGUCAACAUCUCUACAGUCUGCUCUCCCAGCAGUGGUGGUUUCCAGUGCAGAUGUGAGGAUCAGUAUCGCUGGUCAUGUGAUCGCUGUCUGACAUACGGAUCAUGUGACGACAUCAUGAAUGACACAUGUGGAUGCAUCAAUGCCAUUCCUCCUGAUGGACAGUACUGCCAGUCUGUGUAUCAACAAAACUUCACAGCUUGUCCUGCUACAACACCCUCUCCAACAACGACAUUACCUCCAGUUCUCCAUAAAUACCUGCUUUCUGUUGAGCUGAACACCACAGAUAUGACAGUAAUAAAUAAACUGAGGAGCAUUCUGACAAACAUCAGUGUUCCCAUCAGCAUCAGCAACAACAUCCAGAUCUCUGAUGUCAACAUCUCUACAGUCUGCUCUCCCAGCAGUGGUGGUUUCCAGUGCAGAUGUGAGGAUCAGUAUCGCUGGUCAUGUGAUCGCUGUCUGACAUACGGAUCAUGUGACGACAUCAUGAAUGACACAUGUGGAUGCAUCAAUGCCAUUCCUCCUGAUGGACAGUACUGCCAGUCUGUGUAUCAACAAAACUUCACAGCUUGUCCUGCUACAACACCCUCUCCAACAACGACAUUACCUCCAGUUCUCCAUAAAUACCUGCUUUCUGUUGAGCUGAACACCACAGAUAUGACAGUAAUAAAUAAACUGAGGAGCAUUCUGACAAACAUCAGUAUUCCCAUCAGCAUCAGCAACAACAUCCAGAUCUCUGAUGUCAACAUCUCUACAGUCUGCUCUCCCAGCAGUGGUGGUUUCCAGUGCAGAUGUGAGGAUCAGUAUCGCUGGUCAUGUGAUCGCUGUCUGACAUACGGAUCAUGUGACGACAUCAUGAAUGACACAUGUGGAUGCAUCAAUGCCAUUCCUCCUGAUGGACAGUACUGCCAGUCUGUGUAUCAACAAAACUUCACAGCUUGUCCUGCUACAACACCCUCUCCAACAACGACAUUACCUCCAGUUCUCCAUAAAUACCUGCUUUCUGUUGAGCUGAACACCACAGAUAUGACAGUAAUAAAUAAACUGAGGAGCAUUCUGACAUAA